CUGGUCAAAAUAGAAGCGCCCCGUGAAAAUACUUAAAUAACUUCUUGACUAUGAGUCAAAGUUCAUAUAAGGCGGCGUCUGUGGGGCGCGAGUUAGUGACCUGCCUAAACUGUGUAACUUACUUUAAAAAAGGGAGUAAAUCAAACAAAAAAUUACAUGCUGGCAAUUUCGUUGACGUCACCGGAAACAGAGUCCCCAAAGGCAACAUGUAAAACAAAACAGAUGAAGCUACGUCAACGACGCUAACAGAAGUGCGGUCCAACCGUGUGCCGGACGACUUAAGAAAGUCCCUUACAUAGACGACCCCAGUUGUGUGCUAAAAUAAACAUUAUAAUUCCGUUAAAUUCUUUAGAAGCCCACCGUCAUCUGACAAAGAAGGUCAGUUCAGACUUCGCUAUGGCACAGGAGACCAAUCAGAGCCCAGCUCCCAUGCUCUGUGCUACCGGCUGUGGUUUCUAUGGCAACCCCAGGACUAAUGGCAUGUGCUCUGUUUGCCACAAGGAGCACCUGUCAAGACAGAACAAUGGAGGAGUCAGUUCGCUGAGUGCUGUGGGUGGCAGCAGUGGCUCCACAGUAGAAGUUUCAGCCAUCCAGAGGUUAGAGGCCACCUUGAAUAAUGCUGCAGCAGCGGCGGUGGCUGCAGCAGAGGUUGCAGCUGAGGCUGCAGCUGAGGCAGCAGCUUCAGCAGAGGCUGCUGCCACCGAAACGCUCAGUGGGAUGUCGACUAUUUCCGUAACACAAAAGAUGACUGCGAUGAGCCUUACCUCAGAGGACGCAGAGGUAUCCAUUAGCAAAGCAGACCUUACAGAGCUUGUGGCCACAGACAUAGAUAUUCAAUCCUCCACUGCUGGCAGUGAAGUGUCCAGAGCUCCGGACCCCCCCAAACCCAAGAAGAACCGUUGUUUUAUGUGCCGCAAAAAGGUUGGCCUUACAGGUUUCGACUGCCGCUGCGGGAACCUGUUCUGUGGCCUUCAUCGUUACUCAGACAAACACAACUGUCCGUACGACUACAAAGCCGAAGCUGCUGCAAAGAUUCGCAAAGAGAACCCUGUGGUUGUUGCUGACAAGAUCCAGAGAAUAUAAAAACUUUGAACUACUUGGAUCGGCUUUGCAAAAAUGGACUUGAGCCCAACUUCCCCCAUGGACCCUCUUUGUUAGUUCACGAUCAAGAAUGUUUUUUGUUUUUUUUCACAGAUUUCCAGCUUUCCUUCUUUGUGUGUGUGUGUUUUUUUUUAGGUGUUGAGGAACAGUAUGUACUCGUGUGUAUCCGAGGGAUGAGGCGGUCCGUAUUACUGUAUGGUAUUUGUAUGCUGAAGAAAAUCCAUGAAUCCAUUUUGUGUACCACUCAUUGUUUGAUAGAAAUCCUUUGACGGUUGCCAUCCUGUGGCUGGUACUGUCCUUGGCCAAUGACGCCAAAGCCAACCGUAUUGGAGCUCAACUGGCAUUAGUAUCAAAGUGCAUAUUCAAUCCGACCAUUUCUUUUUUUCCCCUUGCUCAUCUGACUGGUCAGAUAUUGCACCCUGCAUUUUCAAGUCUGAGCCACUGGAUGCACCCCUCCCCACAUGACCAUGUUGCUAAACCAGCUGUGUGUGUGUGCAUGUUGUGAUUGAGAGAUCUGAAUGUUGGCACGUUAGCCUUGCGUCCUUGUUACUACACGUAUUAUCAUAUCCCCACUGUAUUUUUAUUUUUUUUUAACACCAAAUGUGUGUCGUGUCAUAUGACAAGAGAGCCUAAACUUGAAUUGUUUGGCCUUUACAGGGUUUUGUCCCACUAGUAUUUUCUCUCUUCCACAUGGGAAUGUUUUCUGCUGUUUUAAAUGUGUGUUUACAUGUUCACAAUGUUGGGAAUGUUGAGUUACACAUGUACCAAAACACAUUUUUUGUGGGGAAAAGGUGUGGAUGACUAUAUUAGCAGGUGAGUAGUGUUCUGUUUUCAUUGAUUUUUAGUUUUUUUUGUGGGGGGGCAAGGGCUGGCUGCUUAUUAUGUGUGUGUGUUUUUUUUUUUACCCUUUUAGUCAUGCAAGUUUGUACAAACAUCUUUAUUUAUAUACCGCAGUAUGUGUGUGUAAUCUUCCAAUAAUACAGAUUAAGUUGUAUGAUGUAAAUAAAUGGUGUUCACAAAUACUACA